AUGAGUGUGAUACUCGAGACGUCUCUGGGCGAGAUUGUCAUCGAUCUCCUGGUCGACAACGCACCGAAAUGCUGCGAGAACUUUUUGAAACUCUGCAAAAUCAAGUAUUACAACUUCUCUCCGUUUCACAGCGUCCAGAAAGGCUUUAGCUGUCAGACCGGAGAUCCGCUCGGUCCAGAUUCACCCGAAAGCGAUGGCGGCAGUUCUAUCUGGGGCUUGUUAUUUGGCCCCUCGAAGAAGAGCUUCAGAGCCGACGUCGACCCAAAGCUGAAACAUUCCCAGCGGGGGACAGUCAGUAUGGCCACGGUGCCCUCGCCUCACGACCCCGACGAGCGACUUGCCGGCAGCCAGUUCAUUAUCACCCUUGGAGACAACAUUGACUACUUGGAUGGAAAAGCCGCCCCUUUUGGCAUGGUAGUCGAAGGCUUCGAUACUCUGGACAAGAUCAACAAUGCCUUCACCAAUGCCAACGGUAGACCUCUCAAGGACAUCCGGAUUCGGCACACAAUCAUAUUGGAAGAUCCCUACGACGACCCGCCGGGGCUAGUCGUCCCGGAUUCAAGUCCUGCACCGACCAAAGCACAGCUGGCCACUGUUAUGAUCGCAGAUGAUGAAGAAUUGGACGAGGAAGUGGAUGAGGCGGCUAUGGAGAAGCUGCGAAGAGAACGAGAGGCAAGAGCACAGGCCCUGACUCUCGAAAUGGUUGGUGACCUCCCUUUUGCCGAGGUGAAGCCUCCUGAAAAUGUUCUUUUUGUUUGCAAACUGAACCCAGUCACGAACGAUGAAGAUCUCGAGUUGAUAUUCAGCCGCUUUGGCAAAAUUCUCUCCUGCGAGGUCAUCAGGGAUAAACGCACUGGCGACAGCUUGCAAUAUGCCUUCAUCGAAUUCGAGAAUCAAAAGGACUGUGAGCAGGCCUAUUUCAAGAUGCAAGGUGUGCUCAUUGACGACCAUCGUAUCCACGUCGACUUCUCGCAGAGCGUCUCCAAGUUGUCCGAUACCUGGAGAGACGCUACAAAUUCAAAGAGGGCAAGGCAAUCUGGAGGCUUCGGCGGGAUUGCCAGCCUCGAGAAGAGACGGCACUACCGCGAGGAUGAUGGCCGUGGACACAACGGCGGCAACUAUAGAAUGGUGUUUGAUAAAGAUGACAUCCGCCGAAACAAAGAGUCUCGACGCGAGGAGGGAUCCCGAAGAUCUCGAAGCAGGAGCCCACGAUAUGACAGCAAGGAAUCCAGACGGGAAGAUUAUCGACCUAGAGAUCGGGACAGGCACGACCCUAGGGAUCGUAGGGAAAGAAAUCAAGACCGUGACAGAGAUCGGGAAAGAGACCGAGCACGGCGGGGACAGUCGUAUCGCGCAGGUUCCUGGAGGGAUAGAGACCGCUAA